AUGGGAUUCAUAAGGUCUGAAGGUGUUAAGCCAUGGGAGCCUCCACUCGCCCAUACGAACUUUCAAAUCUAUUGCUCCGGAGGGUACCUCAGGAUGCGCUCUUCAUCUACGGAUCACAGCGAGCUCAAAGCCGAGGAAACCGCCUUUUCAGAUCCGCCUGCACUGUCGCCAGUACCCCUCCCAGCACGAUCGAAUUGUCAUAUCUCAGUCCGAGCCCGACAAACCCUCCUCAUUCUCUCCGCCCUCCUUGCUCUAUCUCUCGACAUCGCCAUGGCGAUCCACGUGUUCACCGCGAUCACCUGGACCUUCGCAGACACAACCAACACCGACCCUCUCUGGUGGAUUGCGUUGACACUCAUGAAUGUUGGCAUCGUGGCGGCGAUGUGCUGGCUCGUUGUGGGGUUUCUCGCGCUCGCGGUUAUGGUCGUUGUCAGGGGCUCGGAAAGCUGGGACAGGUUGGAGUGCGAGCUUGGUGACGAGGAAGAGGGUGCAGAUCGACGGGAGGACAUUGUAUAG